AUGACGCUCUUCGCCCUCGGCACCCUCCGCACAGUGCUCGCAGCCGGGCUCCUGUGCGGCAGCAGCAGCAGCAGCAGCAGCAUCACCACCAUCAUCCCAGGUGCUGCCGCUGCCGCUGCCGUUGUCGCUGUCGCUGCCCACCCUUGCUCGCCCCACGGCGGCACCUGGACGGAACUCGCCCCCAUCGCAAACUAUCCCCGGCAAGAGCAGUCGACGGUCACGCUGUCGCCCACGACCAUCGCCAUCAUCGGCGGCAUCAUCCCGUUCAGCGCCGGUUACAACACGACGGCCAUCCUGCAGUUGUACGACAUCCCCACCAACUGCUGGCGGUCGGGCGCGCCGCUGCCGCGUACUGUGAACCACCCCAACGCCGCCGUGGUCGACGGCAAGAUCUACGUGCUCGGCGCCCUCGCCAACUCGCCCGACGGAGCCUGGCGCGCCAUCCCCGACGCGUGGGUCUACAACCCACGCUCAAACACCUGGCGGGAGCUGCCCCCGAUGCCCACCGCCGAGGCGCGCGGCAGCUGUGCCGUGGGCGUCUAUGGCAAGACCAUCUGGCUGGCGGGCGGCAUGACGGUGCUGGCUCCGUGGAAGGGCGGCGAGCAAGGGACGGUGGACACGGUGACGGCGUUCGACACGGCGGCGGAGCGGUGGGUGACGACGGUGCCGGCGGUGGCGCAGCACCUGCCGGGGCCGCGGGACCACGUGGGCGGGGCCGUGGUCGGCGACGGCUUCUACGUGCUAGGCGGGCGUGACCACGGGCAGUUCAACUGGCACGACACCGUGUUCAAGCUGGACCUGAGGCGCGUCGCGCGCGGCUGGGAGACCAAGGCGGGCAAGAUGCCAACGCCGCGCGGCGGGCUGGCGGCCGUGGCCAUCGGCACCAAGGUGUACACGUUUGGCGGCGAGGGCAACCCGGCGCCGGGCUCCAACGGCGUCUUCAACCAGACCGAGGCCUACGACACGGUGCGCGACUCGUGGGAGAAGCUGGCGCCCAUGGCGCUGCCCAGGCACGGCACCUUCGCGGCGGCCGCCGGAGGUCGCGUCUACAUCCCCGGCGGAGGGUUAGCAAUUGGGGGCGCGCCGACAAACUAUUCUGAUGUUUUCCGUCCAUGAUGGGUAGCGGUGCCGGCGGCCAGGUAAGAUAUGGGUUGCGAUAUCGUACACAACGUGGACCCAGGUUCGGUCUCGUUCGCGCUCGUUGGAGAAACGUCUGAGACGUAUUGCCGUUGGCAGCGUUGGCAUCCAUCCGUACUUACCUGCCUUGGAUUAGUUAUGGAAUUCCAGUAAUAUCGUGCUAGUGUGAACAAAAUCAAGCCAUUUAUUGGAUGCCGACUGCUGCGAACACAUGCAUCAUGGUCUGCACGCAUCCGUCAUCCUUACAACCUCAAUGCUGGUUGGUAUUGAUGUUUUUUGAGUUGUGUUUUCGAUGGUUGCGAGCUCGAAGUGCGGGCUCGAAGAAUUUGACCCCCACCCCCUGAACGUCCACUUUCGCCCUUUUGUUAGGUAGUGACCCUGCUAGCCCACGUCCCACGUGCUGCGCCUGCGCCUGAACUCGACCCACCC